UAAAUUGGCCAAAAAAAUAGUAAAGUAAUAAAGGGAUUAAAUAAAAAGAAGAGCGACGGUGGUGCUUCCAGAAUGAUAACAGAGUGGGAUUAAGAAUAAACGACGUGUUGGAAACUUGGGAGUGUGGAAACCUCGCCUUUCCAUUGCCAUUCAAAACACUUCUCUUCCUGUCUCUCUUAAACCCAAAGCUAAAGCCCCCAACCUAAUGGACGAAUCUGCAGACCCAAUUUCGCUUUCCUUGUAUUUAGAUGAAUGCUCAGAGGAUCAGGAACCCUCUUCCCAGUCUUCCCCCGACACUUACUUGCUUGGCUUUGUCAUCUCCAACAUUGUAGGCCUUCAGCAUUACAGAGGCAAAAUCAGUGGUCGAGAAAUGGUGGGUCUUGUGCGAGAACCUUUCAACCCUUACGACCCAAACGCUAUCAAAGUUCUCAACACUAGAACCCUUCAAGUCGGCCAUAUCGAGCGUUCCGUAGCCGCCGUUCUGUCGCCUUUGAUAGACUCUAACUUGAUUAUCGUCGAAGGUAUUGUGCCUAAUUCUCGUAGUGCUAGUAAUAGGUUUAGAAUCCCUUGUCAAAUUCACAUUUUCGCAAGAUUAGAAGCCUUCAAUUCUGUUAAAUCCGCGAUUUCGCGAGGUGGGUUGGAGUUAAUUUCCCAAUCUGACGUGUCUUUCACGUUGUCCGAGGCUGCUGUGGUGAAGGGAAACAAGGCUGGAGGGGAGAGUGUAGACAAGGUUUUCAAGUUGGUUGGGAAGAAUGUUAGCAAGAAGGCAGCAAUGGGACCUGUGGAGCCUCCGAAUGAGGUUAUUAUAUCCCAGCUUUUGUUGCAUCAGAAGGAGGGUUUAGGAUGGUUACUUCAUAGGGAGAAUUCGGAUGAGCUGCCUCCCUUUUGGGAGGAGAAAGGUGGAGAAUUUGUGAAUGUACUGACAAAUUAUCAGACUGAUAAACGUCCUGAGCCCUUGCGCGGAGGGAUUUUUGCUGAUGAUAUGGGAUUAGGUAAGACUCUAACUUUGCUUUCUUUGAUUGCUUUUGAUAAAUUUUUUAGUUUUGUUCCAAAUUCUGGUGAUGCUGGCAUAGAUGAGAUUGUUGAGGAGGAUGUUAAGAAGGGAAAGAGGGGUAGAGUUAGUAGGAAGGGUACUGGAACACGAAAAAAGCGGAAGAUUGAGGAUACUGAAUUUGGCAGGAAAGCAAAGGGGAAAUCUGUGAGUGUAGCUGAUGACUGUGUUAGUUUUUUGGGCCAAAGAACGACAUUAGUUGUGUGUCCUCCCUCUGUGUUUUCAUCAUGGAUAACACAGCUAGAAGAGCACACUAAUCCGGGAAAAUUGAAGGUGUAUAUGUAUUAUGGAGAGAGAACUAGAGAAGUUGAGGAGCUUAAGAAGUAUGAUAUUGUGUUGACAACUUAUAGCACUCUGGCUACUGAAGAAUCUUGGUUAGACUCUCCUGUGAAGAAGAUGGAGUGGUGGCGAGUCAUCUUAGAUGAGGCACAUGUGAUUAAGAAUGCAAAUGCUCAACAGAGUAUAGCUGUCACUAAUUUGAAGGCCACAUGUAGAUGGGUUGUUACAGGAACACCCAUCCAGAAUGGCUCACUUGACUUGUUUUCUUUGAUGGCAUUUUUGCGGUUUGAACCAUUUUCUAUCAAGAGCUAUUGGAGAAGUUUGGUUCAACGACCCCUUGCUCAGGGUAAAAAGAACGGGUUUUCUCGUCUUCAGGUUUUGAUGGCAAGCAUUUCCUUGCGGAGAACAAAGGGCAAUGACUUACUUGGAUUGCCACCAAGAACAUUACAAACAUGUUAUGUUGAGCUUUCUAUUGAAGAACGUGAACUUUAUGAUCAGAUUGAAGGAAAGGCCAAAAGUGUUAUCCAAGAGUUCAUUAAUGAUGGCAAUCUAAUGCGCAACUAUUCAACUGUGCUUGGCAUACUUUUACGACUUCGGCAGAUUUGUACUAGUGUGGCCCUGUUACCUCCAGAUCUCAAAGCCUUGUUCCCAUCUAGCAAUAUUGAAGAUGUAUCCAACAACCCAGAGUUGCUAAAAAAGAUGGUUGCGAUGCUACAAGAUGGUGAGGAUUUCGACUGUCCUAUUUGUAUCUCUCCUCCAAUCGAUGUAGUAAUUACAUGUUGUGCCCACAUCUUUUGCCGGUCCUGCAUCCUUAAAACCCUACAGCGUACAAAACCCUUCUGCCCUCUGUGUCGUCAUCCCUUAUCUCAGUCCGAUCUCUUUUCAGCCCCUCCAGAAUCUUCUGAUGCUGACCACACUCAAAUAUCAUCAAGGAACACCGCAUCUUCAAAAGUGUCUGCUCUAUUAACCCUCCUUCAGGAGUCCAGAGAUCAAAACCCUGCUACAAAGUCAGUUGUUUUCUCUCAGUUCCGAACUAUGUUGCUACUACUUGAAAAGCCUCUGACAGCUGCUGGUUUUAAGAUCGUGCGGUUAGAUGGAUCAAUGAAUGCCAAAAGGAGAGCUCAAGUAAUUGAAGAGUUUCAAGUUCCAGGACCAGAUGGGCCAACAGUUUUACUUGCAAGUCUCAAGGCUUCAGGUGCAGGUAUCAACCUUACAGCUGCUUCUAGAGUUUACUUGUUGGAGCCAUGGUGGAAUCCAGCUGUUGAGGAACAGGCUAUGGAUAGGGUUCACCGGAUCGGGCAGAAGGAGGAUGUAAAGAUUGUGAGGCUGAUUGCUCGAAACAGCAUUGAAGAGAGGGUGUUGGAGUUGCAGGAGAGGAAGAAGAAACUAGCAAUGGAAGCUUUCGGAAGGAAGGGCACAAAGAAUCGGAAAGAAGUCACAAUAGACGAUCUCCGCACUCUCAUGUCUCUGUGAGUUUUCAGCAUCAUGUUAAAUGUUCUAAACUUGGAUAUUUAGAUCAUAAUUUUGUGCCCUAUGCCCCUCCCCUUGCAGCCCUUUUGCUGUUUUUGUCAUACGUGCAAAAGUGCAGCCACUGCGUUGUAUGUUAGGAUUUUCAGGACUUCCUUGCAAGUUAUGUAUAUAUAUAUAUGUGUGUGUGGUGUGUGGAAUCAUUUGGAGUAGAGAUCAACUAGGUUUCUGCUAGCUAGACCUUUAAAAGAAGGAAAACGAUAUGGUUUUUCUUCCACCAAUCUCUGGGAGCAACUAUGAAUUUUUCUCCCUCGAAAAUCUUCGAGUAUUAGUUGGGGCUUAAACUUGGAUACUGGCAAAAUGCCUUUGUGUUUAGUUGAGAAGAUUUAAUAUACAUAUCUUCUUAUAAAAGAUUGGUUUCAAUUUUUCAUCUUUAAAAAAUUAUUCUAAAAAUAAAUAAAAUUAAGCUUGAAUAUAAUUUUCAUUUGAGGAGGUAAAGCUGA